AUGGAAAAAAAAGAGAGGGAUAUAAAAAUAUCACUAAAUAUAAAUGCCAAUAUAAAAGUGGAUGAUUAUUUUGAUGAAAAUCUCCCAGAAGGCAUUGACUCAAAACUUAAGCCAAAUUCAAAGGAUGUCCUUCAAGCUAUAGAGUUAAUUGAAAAUAUCCGAAAUGGAACAUUUAACUACAAAAAUUUGCAGGAGGUUUAUUUUAUGAAUGAUACAGAUUUAUUAAAAAUAAUAAAUGAAGGAAAAUCAGAAGAAAAAUUAAAAAACACACAAAAUAAAAGUCCUAUAAAAAAUAAUGAUGUUUUAGAGGAAAUAAAUGUUAAUAACAAUUAUGGGGACAAUAAUAGAGAAGUUAUAGAAAAUAAUAAAAAUGGAAAUGAAUAUAUUAAUAAUGAAAUGAAAAAUGGUAAAAUAUUUAUGAUGGAUAAUAGCCAAGUAGGAAAAGUAUGUAUUAUUAGAUUUCCUCCUAAAGCUUCGAUAAUAAUAAAAAAACAUUUAAUAGAAAAAGAUUUGGAUUUAGAAAUAAAACCAACUAAUUUGUUAAAUUCUCGAUUUUUUAUAAUUAAUUUUAAAAAUAUAAAUAAAAAAUAUUAUGGAAUAUUACUUGAACUUUCUACACAUAUCGAAAUUCAUAAAACAUUGGAUAGAAACAAUUUAUACAAAACAAAUGAUGUGUCUCAAAUAAUUUAUGUAUAUGAUCCUCAAGAUAAAAAAAAUAAAAAACUUAUAAAAAAAAUGAUAAAUAAUAAUUUUCAAUUAAAUAGUGGAAUUAGUAAUAAAGUUAAUAAUUUUAAUUUUCAAAAUUGGGCAAAAUUAUAUAAAUAUCAUGAUAUUUAUUUUGCAGAAAAAUUAUUAAAUGAUUAUUUAAAUGCUAAUUUUUACGAUUAUUAUGAUAUAUAUGUUAAAACAUAUAAUGAAAUGUAUAACCAUAUUGAGAUUGAACAAGGAGAUUGUAACAAACAAAAUGAUAUUGUUGAUGAGGGUACAGAUAUAAGUAAAAUUUUAAGUUCUUUAGACAAUACUUAUAAUAUUAUGAACAAAAUUGAAAAAGAUAAUUCAGAAAUAAAUUUAGAAACAUUAUUAAAUUAUGAUAUAAGUCAUGAUAAUUAUGAAUCAGACGUCUCAGAUUUACUAUUAGGAGGAAAUUAUUAUUUGAGAAAAAAAAAAUGA